UGCUCAAUCUUGGAAAUAACAUUUGUUUUAGAGUACUCAAAUGAACAAGGAAGUACAUAUAAAAACUAUUUAUACUCUAUGCGUUACCGAGGAUGAGCAACACAAUAACAUCGGCUACAUUUAUUCGGAACCUCAACUAUGGGGUUCGACGAAAACUGUCUGACUUCUUGGACCCUCAAGACAGCUGGAAAUACGUUAUUGUUUCAAUACAUAAACCCACAGGGGAGCCGAGGUACUCUCAGCAACAUCUAAGGCGAUUUGAAGCAGUAGUUUUACAGGGGAGAAGUCCUACCAUGGAGCUACUGAAUGACUGGGGGACAUCUAACAGCACUGUGGGAGAGUUAGUGGACAUUUUGAUGAGCCACAGGUUAAUGGCUGCAGCCAGUAUUCUGCUACCAGAUGCAAUAAACAACCCCCGUCCAGCAGUCCCCCAGCCACCUGAUUCUCCCAGAGACAAAGAGAUGAUAGGCAACAACGAUGCUGCAACAAGACCCCUGGGGAGGACAGAGGCACAGACAAAGGAACAGCCACCACCAGACAGCACCUCAGAGCCACAGGAGGACCAGGAUCCCAAUGACACUGCAGGUUUUCUCAGGCUUUCUUUCCAUGAGCUGAAGAAGAUAACUGGUAAUUUUGACGAGAGGCCAGUGGGUGACGGUGGGAGCAGACUUGGUGAGGGCGGCUUUGGAACGGUCUACAAAGGCCUCAUCAAUGACAAACCUGUGGCAGUGAAGAAACUACACUCAAUGGAAGAUAUCUCACUUAAAGAGCUAAGUGUUCAGUUCAUUCAAGAGGUCCAAACUCUUAUGGUGUUGAAACAUGAAAACCUGGUAGACAUGGUUGGCUUUUCACGCGAUGGCCAUCACCCCUGUUUGGUGUAUGCUUACAUGUCCAAUGGUUCGUUGCUAGAUCGUCUGGCUUGCUUGGAUGGUAGCCCUCCUCUUUCCUGGCACAGGAGAUGUUUGAUUGCUGUGGGAACAGCCAGAGGCUUAGAUUAUCUGCACAGCAAUCACCAUGUCCACAGAGAUGUCAAGAGUGGUAAUAUUUUGCUGAAUGAAUUGCUUGUGCCGAAGAUCUCCGACUUUGGGCUGACCCGAGCCUCGGCCACGCGAUCGUCAUCGACAGUGAUGACAGAGAGGAUUGUGGGUACAACAGCGUACAUGGCAAACGAGGCACUCAGGGGCGAGAUCACUCCCAAAUCUGACAUCUACAGUUUUGGAGUGGUGUUGCUAGAAAUAUUGUCUGGACUCCCGCCAGUCGAUGAAAACCGUGACCCUAAGUUCCUGAUGGAGAUGAAAGAUGAGAUUGAUGAGGAGGAGAUGGCCCUGGAAGACUUUGUGGACAAGAGGAUGACAGACUGGGACCUGCCAUUGGUGGAGAAGACCUACUUCUUAGCCAGCGACUGUCUCAAUGACAAGAAGAACAAACGGCCACGAAUGGAAGAGGUCCUGACAGAGCUUGAAGAUGUUGUCAAAAGCAUUUCACUGGAACAGCUGGGACCCAAGAGUGACGCAUAGACAACAUGAAGAACGACUAUUCCUCCCUCGUUUUCCUUAAACGAGUUUACUUUGCUUAAGAAAAGGACCAAACAUGUUACACCAGUCUUAUUUUGUAUUUUUGGCCAAAAUAAUAAACAGAAUAUUUAUUUUCCAUUGUUCCAA